UAUUCCUUCAAUCUAAAAUCUCCAUUAACAAUUGUGCCAUGGCCUCUACGGUCGCCUUGCUCUUCUUUUUUCUCGCCUGCAUUACGGAGCCAUCCUUCGGGGAACUAGUUAAGGAGCAGCCCCUUGUCCUCGAGUACCACAAUGGCACCCUUUUGAAGGGCACAAUCACCGUUAAUCUUAUAUGGUAUGGAAAGUUCACUGCCAAACAACGCUGUAUAAUUCAUGAUUUUCUUCAGUCCCUUAACACGGCAGGCGUUCCGGAGCCUUCCGUUGGGUCUUGGUGGAAGACUACCGGGAAGUAUAAGGGCGGAGGGUCCUCCACUAUUGUCAUCGGAAAAGAAAUACCCGACGAGAAUUGCUCGCUCGGAAAGACACUCAAGGAUGACCAGAUUGAGAAAUUGGCGUCCAAGGGUGGGACUAGUGUCGGAUCUAUUAACGUUGUCUUGACGGAUAAAGAUGUUUCUGUGGACGGGUUUUGCAGGAGCAAGUGCGGGACCCACGGGUCGACGGCCGGGGAGAAUAAAGUUCCAUACGCUUGGGUGGGUAACUCGGAGACUCAGUGCCCGGGGCAAUGCGCGUGGCCGUUUCAUAAGCCCAUUCAGGGCCCUCAGACACCUCCUCUAGUGGCGCCCAACGGAGACGUUGGGGUCGACGGAAUGAUCAUCAACCUCGCCACCGUCUUGGCGGGAACCGUGACGAACCCGUUUAAAAACGGCUAUUUCCAAGGUCCACCCGAGGCUCCGGCGGGGGAGGCCGUCAGCGCCUGCACAGGAAUGUUCGGGAACGGGUCUUUCCCGGGUAACCCGGGUCAAGUCCUGGUGGAUAAGACCACAGGGGAGAGUUACAAUGCGCAUGGUGCGAACAAGCGAAGGUUCUUGCUCCCGGCCAUGUGGGACCCCGAGAAGUCUGCAUGCACGCCACUCGUCUGAGGUGGACAACUAUAACCAGCUUUCAAGGAAAAUACUAGUCUUCCCUCACAAAUGCCACGCACAAAAUAACUAAUGUGGCAAAAUGUAGGCAUUGGUGUUAGUAACUAUGUAAAUGGUAAAUAAUUUCAAUCUUUAAAAUUAAAAAAAGUAGGAAAUAAAAACAAAUGAAGAAAUUAUUAGACAUUAUGUAAUAAGUGUAUGAUGCAUGGAUUUAAUUUGUAUGUGUUGUACUUAUAAAUCAAAUGAAAAUUUUGUGUAGUUAUUUAUUAA